AUGAAAGAGAAAUGUCUACCACUGAGAAACGGGAGGGCGGUGAUGAUGAUAAUGAAGAUGGCUCCAUCCAAAUCCGCAAUGAUACGCUUCAAUCUAAUCUUGUUCGCUCUUUAUUUUUUUCUCUACACUGCCUUUUUUCUUCACCCUUCUUCAUCAGUCUACUUUAGCAGCGCAGCUUCCUUUGUUGGAUGCUCCUUUCGUGAUUGCACUGUCAAGGGGGGGAGAGGAGGGAAGAUGCAAGAACUCAUUGUAGAGAACCAAAUAAACAAGAGACAUUCGGAAACCGCUAGUAAUCGGACCGAGCUUGAGGCACCAAGCUUCAUGGAAGAGGUUUUAACAAGAGGGUUAGGGAAAACAAAGAUAGGGAUGGUGAACAUGGAAGAAUGUGAUCUUACUCAAUGGAAACGUUACGGUGAAAUGGUUCAUAUACAUUUUGACCGUGUCUCUAAGCUCUUCACAUGGCAUGACUUGUUCCCCGAAUGGAUAUACGAAGAGGAGGAUACUGAGGUUCCCACAUGCCCUGAGAUACCGAUGCCGGAUUUCGAAAGCUUAGAGAAGUUGGAUUUGAUAGUUGUGAAGCUGCCUUGUAACUACCCUGAAGAAGGGUGGAGAAGAGAGGUUUUAAGGUUGCAAGUGAACUUAGUCGCAGUUAACUUGGCAGCCAAGAAAGGGAGGAGGGAUUGGAGUUGGAAGAGCAAAGAGUUGUUUUGGAGUAAAUGUCAGCCGAUGAUUGAGAUUUUCCGGUGUGGUGAUUUGGAGAAGAGAGAGGGAGAUUGGUGGUUGUAUCGGCCUGAGGUGAUAGGUUACAGCAGAAGCUUAGUCUACCAAUCGGUUCUUGCAAUCUUGCUCUUCCUUUGUGAGCACCACAAGGUAAAAUUAUUUUCAUAA